AUGACGACCGGUGCUACCACUACUACACAAAUCAAUGUAACAAAUACUACAAUUAUUUCCAGUGUGAAACACGAGUUAUCAAAUUUUUUGCAAAAUUGCAUUGAUCUUGGUCAAUCAACGGAUCAGUUAUUAACUAGCAAAGAAAACAAUCCGGACAAAAAUGAGGUAACAUGUCUAGUUCGACGUUUGAUAUUUGAAUUGGACAAGGUAAACAAAUUAGAAUUACGUAUGCCAAUUAUUGCACCAAUGAAAGCUGGUAAAUCAACUAUUAUAAAUGCGAUUCUCGGACAAGAACUAUUGCCAACACGUAAUACAGCAAUGACAGUCAUACCAACUGAAAUUGUUCUCAACAAUAUAAGUACACAAAAAUCUGACGAUACUCCAUAUCUCUAUUUGGAUGUGAAAUUCAUCGAUGAAAUAAAUCGAAUUCAAUCAUCUAUUCGGAAUCAUCUUCAAAAUUAUUCUGAUGCUUUACAAAAUAUAUCAUUGUCUUAUCCACAUUUAUUGGAAAUAGUUCAACAACUUCAGAAUGCAUCUACAUCUUGUCCUACAUUAACAACAAAAACAUCUGGAGUUGACCAAAUAUGUCGAGUUUUAGCAUUUAUCAAUGAUAUUAUUCGCAUUCAUGUAAUUUUAAUUGAAAAUGAUGAUUCUAAAAUUUCAAUCGAAAAAUUCAGCAUUCUACCUCGGAUUUAUGCACCUUAUUCAGCCAUUGGUGAUGAAUCUUUUAUUCAUAACGCAUUAGGUAAUUUGGUGAUUGUUGACACUCCUGGUCCUAAUGAAGCAUCGGGUUCAAAAUUAUUGAAAAAAAUCUUUCUUGACGAAUUAGAAAAGGCUGGGAUUAUUUUAGUUAUUGUCGAUUUUACGUCGCUCAAUACAGAAGUCGAUCAUAUGGUUGCGAAAGAAAUAAAUGAAAUUCGAGAUCUACAACAUUCAUACGAUUCGCUUUAUGCUUUAGUAAAUAAGGUUGAUCAACGCAAUAGACGUAGUUUAACGCAAGACCAAGUCAAAGAACUUGUCAUAACUAAAUUUGGCAUUGGCACUAUAUAUGAGAAUCGAGUAUUUGAAAUACAAGCUCGUCGUGCUCUUCUCUCAAAACAAUUUCGUUUAGAAUUACUAUCAUCAAACUCUUCCGAUAUUAAAGAUUUACCAUCGGCAACCGAUUCUAUUGCCGAAGCAUUUGGUGUUCGAGGAAAAAGAAAGACACCAACAAUGGAAGAACUACAUGAAGCCAUUGAAUGUCUAUGGCAAGAAUCUGGAUUUCCUUCAUUCUUACAUGAUGCUAUUGAAUGUCUAAUAACGAAAGCAGCACCGCGUUGUUUAGCUUCAGCAUUAGCUUUUGGACGAUCUGCAAACGAAAGAUUAAAAGAAAAUGUUCACGUAAGAAGACAAUUACUUGAUCAAGAUGCCAAUAAACUCAAUGAAGAAAUUAUAAAUUUAUCAGAAGACUUAGAUAAACUAGAUGAAGUUAUGGAAACACAAAGAACUAUUCUAGAGCAGACCAAACAAAAUGGAAUUCAACAUGAUAUAAAAGCGAUUUUUGAUGAAGCUAAGAGCAAAGGAUUUCAGACACUUCAAAUGAAAUUCGAUGAUUUAAAGAAAAAAUACUCAGACCGUUCUCUAUUUUUGGCUGGAGCAACAAAUGUCAAGAACAUUUUAAGGAAAACAGAAUCAGAUGAAAAAAGCUUAAAGAAAGCAAUAUUUCAAGAUAUUUUCUUAUGGUUAAUAGAAAGAAUGACCACGUCUAAUGAUCUUCAGUUUGAUACUGAACUCGAAGCAAAAAAUGCGAUCAAAUCAAUCGAAACUCAAGUGCAUGACAUCAGUCAAGAAGUACUUCAUACUAUUAGUGCAGCAAUUAAUGAGAAAUGUGAAUAUCUCCGUGAAAAAUUAAACGCCGAUUUGAAACAUGAAACAGAAGAGGUUUUGACUAAAGCACAGAAUCGUUUAAGAAAUACAUUUAAUUUGAUCAUUAGUUCUCAUCCAUUUAAUGAGAAAGUACCUUUACAUUUACAAGCGAUUGCUAAUAGAUACAAAAUUGAAAGAACACAUCGAGUCUGGUGGACGUUGUGGUUAGUGCAAAUACCUUUCGAUGAUGAUAACAAAGACAGUGAAGCUAAAUAUCGUAUCCGCUUAGAAAAGUUAAAAAACCACUGCUUUGCAAUUUUUAAUGCUAAUAUUCUAACAGUAACGUUACAAGUUAUUGAAUAUUUGAAUAAUGAACUACAUAUAAGAUUUGAAAAUCAUUUCAAAGAAUUAGAAACAUAUUUAAAGCGUUACCAAAAUUUUAUCAUGGAAUCAUUGAUUAUGACAUAUAAGACUAAAGAAGAACAAGUUGAGUUCAAAUUACAAUUAGACAAAUUGUUAAUUCUUUACGAUAAAAAUUAUGAACGUAUAAGUAUUCUUUCACAACAACUGGACUAUAUCGAAGAAGAAUUAAGCUACAUGGACUGUCAAUAA